CUCUCUCCCUUUUACCGCCAUCAGAGCGGAGUGUGUUUCGUUCCUGGGUCUUCUUUACUGCGCAGCGCUGUUUGUUCGGUUCAGCCUCCGGCCGCAGAGCGAAGCAUCAUCUGAGACUCAGCUAAGAUGGCAGAUAUUGACAACAAAGACCAGACUGAGAUGGACCCAGCAGACAUGGAGGAUGUGGAGGACGUGGAGGAGGAGGAGACUGGAGAAGACGAAAACAGCAAAGCGGCUCGUCAGCUCACGGUGCAGAUGAUGCAGAACCCACAGAUCCUGGCUGCGUUGCAGGAGAGACUCGACGGUCUGAACGGCUCGCCGUCCGGCUACAUGGAGAGUUUACCAAAGGUUGUAAAAAGACGCGUAAACGCCCUCAAAAACCUGCAGGUUAAAUGUGCACACAUCGAGGCCAAAUUCUACGAAGAGGUCCAUGAACUGGAGAGAAAGUACGCAGCCCUCUACCAGCCGCUUUUUGACAAGAGAAGUGAAAUAGUGACGUCGGCGUAUGAGCCCACAGAUGAGGAGUGUGAAUGGAAGGCUGAUGAGGAGGCAGAGCUGACAGUAAGUAAGCAGGAUGAGAUGAAGGAGAAAGCCAAGUUAGAGGAGGAGAAGAAGGAUGAGGAGAAAGAAGACCCCAAAGGCAUCCCAGAGUUCUGGUUAACAGUUUUCAAGAACGUGGACCUGCUCAGUGACAUGCUGCAGGAGCACGAUGAACCCAUUCUUAAACAUUUACAAGAUAUUAAAGUGAAAUUCUCCGAUCCUGGACAGCCUAUGAGCUUCACGUUAGAGUUCCACUUCGAGCCCAACGAAUUCUUUACAAAUACAGUGUUAACAAAAACCUACAAGAUGAGGUCAGAACCUGACGAGACCGACCCGUUUUCCUUCGAUGGACCAGAGAUCAUGAGCUGCACAGGAUGCACGAUCGACUGGACGAAAGGGAAGAACGUCACGUUGAAGACGAUCAAGAAAAAACAGAAGCACAAGGGCCGUGGGACAGUGAGGACCGUCACCAAAACCAUCCCGAACGACUCCUUCUUCAACUUCUUCACCCCCCCAGAAGUUCCAGAAAAUGGCGAGCUGGAUGAAGACUCCGAGGCCGUGCUAGCUGCAGAUUUUGAGAUUGGCCACUUCAUCCGCGAGCGCAUCGUACCGCGAGCUGUGCUGUACUUCACGGGGGAGGCCAUAGAAGAUGACGAUGACGACUAUGAUGAAGAGGGAGAAGAAGCAGAUGAUGAGGAAGGAGAAGAGGAGGCUGAUGAAGAGAACGACCCAGACUAUGACCCCAAGGUUUAAAUGGUGACAGUAGAAAAAUAACCUUGUUCUGAAGGAUGCAGCCCCCCCAGCCGAGUGCAGGCAACAGUGAAGCCUCUCCGGCUGCCCUGAGGAUCAACUGCACUGUAACUGCUUAUCAAAUUAAAAAAUGAAAGAAAAGAGGAAAAAAAAUAGUUCUCGCCUUAUAAUGUUUUGUAUUUUUCUUGGUAGGGAAUUUAAAGAAUAAAGUUCCAGAUUUUUGUUACAAGAACAAUGCUAAUAUACCGGGAGCUGUUUGGCUCACUAUACAUAGUAUUUUAUUAGACUGAUUUUCUUCCUUCUCUGUACAAUAGACGUCAGGAAAAUACCUCCCCUCAAAAAGCAUGAACUUGUUUCUUCACUGCUGAACUAGUUUGGUUUUUUGUGAAGUUUUUGGAUGUAUUUGCUCUUGGACAACAGCUGUGGUUUAGGCUGCAACACGGUGGCAUCAAUUCACUCAACAGCCCCCCCUCCAUUUAUUCACUGUCAAAGUGUAGGUUGGUCUGUUGUCCCAGGUGACCCCUCACGCUGCUCUCUCUGACUUUGAACUAGCAUGGUAGCAUUACAACCCCUUGGACGUGGGAACCAGUUUAGGCGUGCUUGUCCUGUAUUCCACUCAAUACAUUCCAGUCCCAGACUGACGGGGACACCCAGUGGUGACCUGCGUCUCUUCAGCUGGACAGUGGUUUUAAAAAGUGAAGCUCGACUUCUGUCCUCCCCACUUUUAAACAUUCCUGAAAAUUCUGUCAACGAUGACGUGGGAGACCGUUUCGGGGAGCAGUCGUGUUUUGCUCGCGGAUUCUCGUCGGCUCGUGGCGGCGUCAUCUCGUCUGUUGGUGUGCCGUCAUCAGUUUGCAGCGUGUUCCUUGUGAGCAGCGCGUCAGCGUCUUCUAAAGGGUGAUGGUAACGGUUCCCAGGAGAGUUUUAGUCCUGCUUUACCUUUCUUUACUGGUCGAGGCUUCCGAAGCUUUGUAGGAAUGAUUACAUGUAGCACAAGGAAAGUUUCACAUUCAACUCCCUUUCACCUUCCGUGUCUGGUUGCGCCGCUCCGACUUCAGUCUGUCUUUUGUCUUUGUUUAUUUCUUUAAAUCACUGUGAAAGAAAUGGGAUCCUCACGGGCAUUGUUUUGGCCAGUGGCUAACCUCCCCAUCCUGACCCUUUACCCAGAAUGCCACAGAAAAGCGUGCCAGAGCAAUACUACCAAGGAAAGACUUAGCCUCCCACCCUACCAGCUCACGCAGAUUGUCGUAAUUGUGGGAACACGUCUGCUGUGAGAGCCAGGGUACCUCCCAAUCUGCAGGGAGUGUUCCUGGGGUAGGGGGUGGGAUACGACGAGGUUUUUGUUGGGUAACCAAACCAGCUGUUGUCAAGGCAAAAAUGCUAUGCUACAAAAAUACUGAUGUACUCAAUACCUGUAAGUGUAUGUUAUUCAAUAAAUAAUUGGUUAAACAUG